AUGAUCUUUUGGCCAUUACAGGACGAUGCUUCCGAAUUGUCUGACUACUUAGCCUACGUCGUUUUUGUCCUCUACCAUCUCUCAUCCUAUUCGACAAGUCUUAUUGAGGAGGAACACGAUAUUUGGUAUUACGUUUCUUCAACGUUAAUUCUGCACAAAAUGGCUACCAUAGUAAGAACUCCGGAAAAAUCUGGAUAUUCUUCGGAAACGCGCUUAAAACUUCGGAGCGGCGUUGCACUACUAUGUCUUCACCGUUUGGCAAUGAGCUUCACGUCCCAUACCAGGAGAAGAUGGUCGAUGAGACAAGAUGUUCUACCCCCUCCAAUACUGCCUGAAUUCCGAUUCAACGUCCAAUUACUCGACGACUUUACGACAGAUCUCAACUUAUCAGAGCUCGCGAAAUGGAUGCCGUUUACAACAACAGUGCUAUGUGUUGGAUAUUUGGUCGCACGUGCGCGUCCGAGAAAUAGCGGCAUUCUGGUAUACGCCGUGUCUGCGGCCAUAUGCUUGCAAACAUUUUUGGACGACAGCAAACGGUUCAUGAUUGUCUACUUCAUAAUCGGAGGAGUCAUCAUCACUUUGCUGUCGUCUGCACCGUUGGCUGUUAUAUUGUACCUGAGCUAUUUAGUUCGUCCGGAGACACUUCCACUGCUCAUUAUUUCCUUUGAAAUGGGUGUUCGUGCAAGAAGAGUGUCCU